UGCGGCGGCCACCAGAACCCCAGCAAAACCACCACGACAGACAGCGACCUCAGCAAAACAGAGGAGAAAAAGCCAAGCAAGUCACAGCAGCUGAAGAAGGUUUUCCAAGAGUACGGAGCCGUCGGCGUGUCGGUGCACAUUGGAAUCUCACUAGUCUCCCUGGGCACGUUUUACAUGGUUGUUUCGAGUGGUGUGGACAUGUCAGCCAUCCUGCUUAAGCUCGGAUUUAAGGAGUCAUUGGUCCAGUCAAAAAUGGCCGCGGGCACAAGCACCUUUGUGGUGGCCUACGCCAUCCACAAGCUGUUUGCACCCGUCAGAAUCAGCAUCACCUUGGUUUCCGUGCCCUUGCUUGUCAGGUAUUUUCGGAAAGUGGGAUUUUUUAAACCUCCCCCUGCAAACCCUUGAUGAGCUCUUCAACUGUGGGCCUGGAGACCCCUUUCUGUUAAAUUACACAAUUCGGAUUGAUUUUAGGAUUGUAGGGGUUUGUUUGUUUGUUUCGGGGGCAGGGGCUACUUUCUAUGUUCUCAUGGAUAAGUUUUACUUUUGCCAGCAAAAUUCGCGUGUUUAAGUAAUUGUAAUUUGUCUUGCUUUAUAAAUUUUGUUAGGGCUACUCACCAUAGGGCUUAUAUGCAUUAUCUAAAAUGUCAGCAAAACAUCACAAGUGAGUCGUCAUCGUCAACUGUUAGCUUACUAGCUUACUUUAGAACUGUUCCUCUGAAAGAUGGCCCUAGGGGUCCAUCUUUGUUCACAUUCUUAAAGAGCAACAAUUCAUUAAGCUAAUUUUAAAAUUCCCUUUCCUCCAGUAUUUGUGGUCAGGCUGCCUGCGGUUUAAUAUGCAAUAUUCUGCAGAA